UCGCUUAAUUCUAUUUCAUUAUUUAGUCAACAAGAUGUUUAACGUAUAUCUUGUCAUAUUAGUUUUAACACUUUCGCAAAUUUCAGUCUCCCAAUCAUCAAUCAUCGAUGAAGCCAAAACCAAACUAAACAACCUCUACUCCCUCGUCCUCGGUAACAUCCAAUCAGCUGAAGAUGAUUUCAGUCAGUACUACACCGACAUCGCCGUCUACGGCCACAAUAUUGACAAUUUAGGAAAAAUGGACAUCGAAACUAUGCACCAAACUGUCGAUUUUGAAAUCGAUCAAUUGGAGGAAAUCGGUCACAGCGCCCAUGUUGACAUUUCAUCUUGUAUUAAAGGCCAACGCGAAGUAAUAAGCCAAUUCCGUGAUUUAUUCGAAAACCGUUUGGGUGGCUGUGUAAAUGACAAAACUGAAGAAGCUGCCGGUGUUUUGAAAGGCUCCAAAUACACCGUCGAUGUGACUAUGAAUUCGGUCCAUCGUCUCGACCACGAAUUGGGUGUUUGUGGGGACAGUAUUUUGUGCAUUUCGCCCGUGCUUAACAAAAUUAAUCUAGCAACGAUUUCUUUGCCUCAACAAAUUAAAUCUGAAGUGAACAAAGCCGGAGAUCUUCUCCAAGAUCUGAAAGUGAUGGUUGCAGAAUGUCGAGACAACAAUGUUGCUGAGUUUACAAGUUAUGUUACCUCAUUAGUUGCAAUCAUUGAAAAUUGUGUCAAUAAAAUUGUUCCCAAGAAAUAAAUGUAUUGUUACAAA